UGUUUAUAGGAUUUUUAAAAAAGGUUGGGGUUUGUUUUCAGCAUUGGAAUCAUUGAGAAAUGAGCAGCGUCCCUGUGUAUACCCCGUGAGAUGUGUAGUAGAAAUGGAUUUCAAACGAAUGUCAAAAAUUUCAGAGAAAAGACUACACUUUGGAAAUAACCCGGAAUUGAUUAACUUUUUCACAUGGUUGGGCUUUUUGGUAUUUACUUUUUGGUCACUUUUUUUAUCUGUCAACUAACAAUUGAUAAACUUCCUCGUCUUGGCAAAUACAAGGAAUUUCUCAAAAUAAACCACCAAAUUUCUAAAGACUGUGUGUGCCAAGCAGUGUGCUAGGUGCUAAUAAUCAAGAAUUUAGGAGAUAAAGAUAUUUGAAUCUAAUGCUCUUUUCCCUCAGGAACUAGAUUACUGUGUUGGAUGGAAAGGGACAGUGAAUAGUGUUGAAAGUCAUCAGGCUGUUCCCAGUAUGUCCAGCGGGGCCAGUAGUCAAAGCACUAGUGUCAGCUGUUUUCCAGAUGCCUCAGAUGAUGAGAGAGAGCUAGACAUGAUGGAGGGAAACCACCCAGUCACGCCUAGUAGUUCUGUCACCCAUUUAAAACCCGUUACAAGGCAAAUGCAAGAACAGGAGCCUAGAGAACAAAUGUUUUGUUACAUCGAAAUGAGGUGGCAACAUCGAAGAAAGCUGGUGACUCUGGAAAACAAGCUAAAGGCUGAGAUGGAUGAGCAUCGUUUCAGAUUAGAAAAAGAUUUUGAAACUCAGUGUAACAACUUUGCGGCAGAAAUGGAGAAACUUAUAAAGAGACAUCAGGCUGCUCUGGAAAAAGAGGCUAAAGCGAUGUCCAAGGAGGAGGAAAAAUUUAAGCAACAUCUACAGGCCCAGCAGAAGAAAGAACUGAACAGCUUUCUGAAGUCCCAGAAGAGAGAAUAUAAACUUCAAAAGGAACAGCUUAAGAAGGCGCUGAAUGAAAGCCGGAGCGCCCCAAGGAAAGAAAAACAGGAAUGGCUGUCAAAGCAGAUAGAGAACAUCCAGCAUCUCCGAGCCGCGGAAAAGACUGAUCUUCUUCAACAUCAGAGACAGUGCCUAGGGCUGCAAUGCCGUCGCUUCCAAAGAAAGAUAUUCCUUGGGCGCUGUAACUUGGAGCAGGACCUUGUCAUGGAGGAGUUAAAUAAGAGGCAGACUCAAAUGGACUUGGAGCAUGCAACGCUACUGCGACAUCACGAAUCCAUGCAAGAACUGGAGUUCCGCCAGCUCAACACAAGGCAGAAGAUGCGCUCUGAGCUGAUCAGACUGCAGCAUCAAGCCGAGCUCACUAACCAGCUGGAGCAUAAUAAACGGAGAGAACAAGGACUAAGGCGAAAGCAUGCCAUGGAGGUUCAACAACAGUCUAAGAGUCUGAAGUCUAAAAAGCUCCAAAUCAAAAAGCAGUUCCAGGACACCUGCAAAACCCAAACCAGACAGUACAAAGCUUUAAGAAAUCACUUACGGGAAUCUACACCAAAGAGUGAGCGCAAAGCUGUUCUGAAACGGCUUAAGGAGGAGCAGACCCGGAAGUUAGCCAUCUUAGCUGAGCAGUGUGAUCACAGCAUUCGUGAAAUGCUCUCCACACAAGCUCUGCGUUUGGAUGAAGCACAGGAGGCAGAGUGCCAGGUUUUGAAAAUGCAGCUGCAGCAGGAACUGGAGCUGUUGAAUUCAUAUCACAGCAAAAUCAAAAUGCAGGCUGAGGCACAAGAUGAUCGAGAACUUCGGGAGCUUGAACAGAGGGUCUCCUACCGCAGAGCACUCAUAGAACAACAGAUAGAAGAAGAGGUACUGACGUUUCAGAAUGAAUCUACGGAACGAAUACAAAACCUGCUGGAGCGUCGAGCAACACAAAUGAAAGCUUUCCAGUCCGAAAGCGAGAGACUAGGUUUUAGUAACCUUGCCCCUGACGCAUUCAGCCACAGCUCCUCCAGAGCUUCUGAUUGGCCUCACAAUCCAACUGGGGGUCCAGGACCUCACUCGGGGCAUCCCAUAGGUGGCCCACCACAAGCCUGCGGCCAUCCAAUGCAAGGUGGGCCUAGUCAUGGAGGUCACCAUUCCACGCCAAUGCCUUGGGUACCCCGAGGUAGCAGUAUGGGAGUUGGCAAUGGCCCUCAGGCUCUGAGGCGGACAGCUGCCGGGGGACGGACCGAACAGGGCAUGAGCAGAAGCACGAGCGUCACUUCACAAACAUCCAGUGGGUCACACAUGUCUUACACGUAACUUAAUAACUGAGAAUGGCAAUUCCGCUGAGCUGGCCGCCACUACAGACAUCACCCCAGCAGCCUCCUCACUUGGCUACUACCGUGUGGAAGCUGAGUGCAUGUGGUAUAUUUUAUUCAUUUUUGUAAAGCGUUUUGUUUUGUGUUUACUAAUUGGGAUGUCAUAGUAUUUAGCUGUUGGGUUUUGUGUUUUUUGUUUUUAACUUUUGGGGAAAUUUUAUGAAAAGGGGAAUUGGUGUGUAUGUGUAUUUAUCAAAUAUGCAUGCGCCGCGCGCACGCGCGCGCACACACACACACACACACACACACACACACACACAAUGCACGUAGGAAAAAGAAACUGGUUAGAUAGGGUAUUUUCUGAAAACUGCAAAAACAGAAUUCAGCAGUGGCCUGAGUCAUCAUCACCUUUGGGCAACUCUAUCCUAAGAAAUUUGUGAAAAGAUCUAAAGCCUUUCUCCGUAUACCCCACCCAGGUUCUUAUGAGCCACUCACAGCAGGCAGCAUGUGCCAGAACAAGUUAUUAUGGAAACACCUGUAUCCCCUCACCAAUGUAUUGUUUAUUAAAUAAAUGUAUUUUGUCUGACUUUUGUUUAUUAAAUUGGCCUCAUUUGAAGUAGGAAAAAAAGUAGAAAUCCAUGAACACUAAAGGGUUGCAUUGACUUUUUCAGAGAGAAGACAACCUAAUUC